CCAAGUUGUAUUUCCUACAUAAUUUUUAUAGUGUGCUUGUCAGCCUUGUGACUGUGUACAUGUGUUGACCAGAUUUGUCGAUUCAUUAUGAGCACACAGAAGGGAAACAUUCGUAAAACUGGCCCACAGAAGUAUCAAAACAAAUCAGCAUUUAAAAACUCGCUCCAUGACACUACUCCAAGAGUGAAGUUGAUGAACAACGUAAUGUUGGGAAGAGUGUGCAAAAGAUGUAAAGACAUCAUUGACUGGAAAAUAAAGUACAAGAAAUACAAACCUCUCACGGUACCUAAAAAGUGCACAAAAUGCCUCCAAAAGAAAAUAAAACAAGCCUACUAUACCAUUUGCAUCGAGUGUGCAAAGGAAAGGGACGUCUGUGCGAAAUGUGGAGAAAAAUCAGAAAUUGUUGAAGAAGCAGAGACAUUAACUCCAGCAGAACAGAUGUCUAAUGAAGCACAACUUGAAGCCGAGCUCAAAAUGUUACCAGAGAGGAAGAGAAGAACAUUUUUUCGUCUGCAACAGCAAGGAAAGUUAACAAAGGAGCAUCUAGAAGAGGCGGGCGUGGAGAUGGACGAGGAAGGUGUGGAGGAUUCUGAUGAUGAAACAGAACACGACGAUCAAGAGAGGAUGGAGAACAUUUGUAGUGAAAACGACGAGACUGAACCCGAAAAAAGCUCUAAUCCCUAAUCAUGAAAUCAAUCAGUUACACUGUAUUGACUCUCCCCUGAAGACUUCAAAGAUAAAUUAUUGUGCCUGUUUAAAGAAAAUGCAAUGAUUUGAGUACUUUAGAUAGAAUUUACCAGAUUGUGAUAACCUCUCAAGAUAAAACUAGUGUUUGUUUUGGAUGCAAAAACACUGUCCUUUGUAUGUUGAUGACUGAAGAUAUGUCUGCCAAGUUUCAUUACAAUCGGAUAAGUAACAGAAAGUUACUUUGGCUCUAUGAGUAUUUUCUAUGAUUAUUGUUUCACAACUCCUAGUUACAUGCGACUGAUACACAUACCGACUUUUUCUAGAUCUACCAAUAACUGUACUCUUCUAUAGUUUAUAUACAGUCUACUCCACUUAUAUUAAAGUUCAAUAAUAAAUCCCCAGUAACAUCAUUUCUAUAGUUAAACAUAAAUAAAUAUAUUGAACUUUGGAUAUAAUAAACAAUUGAGGUUGGUCCCCUGAAUUUCAAUAUAUCCGGAGAAGACUAGUUUAUAUCUGUCAUAUUUCUUGUUUGUGGAAUGCAUUAAAUAAACAACAAUAAAAUUAAAUUGUCA